AAAUUUUCUUAAAACCUCUACCGAUCGGACGGUCAUUAUGUAGCGACUGUAUGAAGUUUGACUGCACUUGAUCCAUUUCCAGGUCUAUUCGCUAUCAAGUCAGGUGCAAAUAAACAACGACUGCGCUACCCGCAACCACCCCCUUCUCCUUGUCUCGUGCAGUUGCUCGAACCUCCCUCGUGUGUGGUGCGAACUGUUCCUUCUCUGACUCUCUAACAGUAGCGCAAACCUGUCUGGUUCUGCAAGCACUGCCCUCCUCCAUCAACCGCAACGCAAUCCAAUCCACCAAGCAACUUCUUAUGGUUCACUUCCAACAGUGAGCAUAACAUCAAGUUACAGGAAGGCUCAUUUGAUAUCUCAUUGUUUUUAAGAUGUUGCCUAGGGCAUUAUUGGCCAAGUUCAUUCCCAAGCCCUCCACUUUUUCUCAUUUCCAAUUCAAUCAACAGAGAGGAUUGCAUAGCAGGAACAAGAAAGCCAUGGAGUUCAUUGCCAAAGGCUGGAAUGCUUUGAAGGAGGUUGAUAGAGUCAUUGAUUAUUGUGAGCUCAAUGAUAGGCGUCUCAUCCCUCUUCUUAACACAGCAAAGGAGAGUUUUGAGCUUGCUUUGGAGGCUGACAACACCAAUACUCAUGCUAGGUAUUGGCUGGCCAGAUUGCAUAUGAAAUACCAUGUUCCUGGACAAAAUAAGGCUGUAGCGGCAGCAUUAUUGGUAGAAGCAGCAGAUAUGGGUGAUCCUGAUGCACAAUAUGCAUUGGGUUGUCAUUUAAGAGUACAGAAUGAUGAUGUCCAGUCAGAUCAACAAGCUUUUUAUUAUUUGGAGAAAGCUGUGGACCAGUUGCAUCCAGAUGCUCUUUACCUUUUGGGCACUGUAUAUUUGACUGGCGACUGUGUUAAGAAAGAUACUGCUUCAGCGUUGUGGUGUUUCCAUAGGGCAUCAGAGAAGGGCCAUGCUGGGGCAGCUAUUGCAUGUGGAUCUCUUCUUCUUAAAGGUGUCAAAAUUCCAGAAUCAUUAAUAAAAUUCAGUUUGAAGAGAGGUUUGCCUGCUAAAAAACGAGGAAAGAACAAAGAAACUAUUGCAGUUGAUCCAGUAGAGAUGGCAAAAGAAAAAUUUAAGAUAGCUGUAAAAGCAGGAUGUGAUCUUGGAUUCAAAUGGCUUGCAAGGUUAGAGGAGGAAGAGAAGCGGUUACUCACCAAAGAAUAUUAAGACUAAAUUAGGAAACGCAGUUUGUUGUCGCAUCAGAACAAUGAGUUAGCCUUUAUAAUGAAAUUCCUUUAGAAGAAAAUGUGAAAAAUUAGAUACAUGAGAUGUGGUCUAAUGAUUAAGAAGCACAGCUCCACGAAUCAUGAUGCAAGUUAGAUUCCUGCAUUUUCCAUUUAACUAUAAUAUUAUUGUAAAAUGCCAUAUUAGAACUCUGAUUUUGUGUAAGCAAAAUCGAAAUGAACAAACCACUAUGCCAUCAAUAAUAUACUAUAUAUUUUGUUGGGAAAA